AUGGGCAAUGCUUGUAGUCAGCCGAGUGAUGAUCAAGAUAUCGAAGUUGAUCAUAAAAGAAAAUCACCAAAGGGAAAAGGAAAGUAUGGGCCAUCUUCAGGAGGAGUCAUCAAAUACCAUGGAGGCAUUUUUAGUCAUGUCAAAGGAGAAGUUGAACAGACGAGGCAAAAACAUGGAGAUUAUGACUUUUCAGGAAAUGAUUUUGAGCCAGAGGAUUAUGAUGUUAUUGAAAUAGCAAAGAAUCAUUACUAUCAAGGAGAGUAUGAUGAUACAAGGCAAAAACCAAUUGGUUGUGGAAUAGAAGUAUUCCCUGAUGGCUCUUUGUAUGAAGGAGAAAAUGGUGGACCAGGAAGACUUAUCAAAGCAAAUGGAGAUAUGUAUGAAGGAGAGUUCGAUAAUAAUAAAGCAGACGGAGAAGGAACUUAUAUCACCAAAGAUGGGCAGAAAUAUGUAGGAAGCUGGUCGAAAGAUAAGAAACAAGGAAAAGGAGUAGAAACAUGGCCGGAUGGAGCAAGAUAUGAAGGAGAUUACAAAGAGGGAAACUGGCAUGGAAAAGGCGAAUACACAUUGGCUGAUAAUUCAAACUAUAAGGGAUAUUUCAAAAACGGAGAAAUUUGAGGAAAGGGAAAGUACAAAUGGGCUGAUGGAGACACCUACAAUGGUGAGUGGAAGGAUAGUAAGAUGCAUGGCAAAGGAGUAUUCAAGUGGAAAGAUGGCAAAACUUAUGAAGGAGAUUUUCAAAGAGGCAUAUAAAAUUCAUUUAUAUUUAGAUAAAAAGCAAGGUUUUGGAGUUUAUAAAUGGCCUGAUGGCAGAAUAUAUGAAGGUCAAUGGCACAAUAAUAAACAGCACGGAGAAGGACAAUAUACUAACUCAAAAGGGAUCAAGAAAAAGGGAGAAUGGGUCGAAGGAAAAAGAUACAGAUGGAUCUAAGUC